AUAGAGAUAACAACCUCACUUUUGAAUAACGAACAGAAUGACUGAGGAGUAAGACAGCUCCCGUACAUUUAUUUCAGUGAUAAUAAAAAAACAACAGCCACCAUAGGAAAUGGAAAACUUGAUAUGUUUCAACCCUUGGACUUCUCAUUCAUGAAUUUCAAAGAAGUGACAGGCAAUGAAAAUUGCUGUAAUUCACAUUAUUUGGACAGAUUUAUUAAAGCUCGAGCCAAGAAUAUCAACCGCUACCUCCCUUGUCAUUAAAAAAAAUCAGAACGGAAAAUGGACAACCCAAACUCUGAAACUGAACAACAAUCAAAUAGAGGAUAUUACAGCCAUACCUGCACUUGCCAAUGAGAUUUUUAAUGAUAUUUCAAGUUUGACUUGGCUGGACGUAUCGUGCAACAAGAUAUCUUCGAUCCCGAAUACUAUCAGCAACCUUAGAUGCCUGAAAAUAUUUUAUGUACAUGGGAAUCAGAUUAGAAGUUUCCAAGAUGUUCUAAAGCUUAAGCAACUGCCACUCUUAUCAAAACUCACACUGCAUGGAAAUCCGAUCGAAAAAGAAAAGGGCUACUUUCACGUGGUUCUUUCUAUAUUACCAAGGCUGGUAACUUUGGACUUUACUGGAAUUUCACGAGCAGACCAACAGACUGCUGCUUUGAUAAGAAUUCCUGGUCAGAAUAAGCGUCAGAAAGAACAAUGACGAAAAUACGCUAAUAAUGUUCUAGACUCUAAUUUUAGUAAAACAUGAAAUCUUCCAAAAGCAGAGAAUUUUGAUUUCAUAAAGUAAAUAAAUCUGAAUUUUCUUU